CUGGACCCAAACACAGUAAACAGACUCCUCUCUCUGUCUGAGGAGAACAGAAAGGUGACAUGUAUGAGAGAGGAGCAGCCGUAUCCUGAUCACCCAGAGAGAUUUGAGGUCUGUAGACAGGUGCUGUGUAGAGAGGGUCUGACUGGGUGCUGUUACUGGGAGGUAGAGUGGAGUGGAGGGGCUGGUAUAGGAGUGACAUAUAAAGGAAUCAACAGGAGAGGAGGGGGUGAUGACUGUGGUCUUGGAUACAAUGACAAGUCCUGGAGUCUGUCCUGCUCUGACAACCGUUACACUGCCAGGCACAAUGAUAAUCCCACUACCAUAAACGUCCCCUCCUCCAGCUCCCACAGAGUAGGAGUGUAUCUGGACUGGCCAGCCGGCACUCUGUCCUUCUAUAGAGCCUCCUCUGACACACUGACCCACCUGUACACAUUCACCUCCACAUUCACUGAGCCCCUCUAUCCAGGGUUUAAUGUUUAUGAUGACUCCUCAGUGUCCCUGUAAAUAAU